AUGGCAAUGGAAGCCCUGAAGAAGACGGUUCUGAGCAAGUUUUCGGCCGAAGUCGGCGAAAAUGUGGCCAAUUUGAUGAUAAAAGAGGUAGUGGCCAACGUGGACCGACCUGGAAUGGGUGUUCGACUGGUCGAAGAAGGAGAAUUGGAAUGGAUUAUGCAGGUAACUCAUAGUUUACAUAAAAAAUGACGUUUUUAAGAGUGGAAGUUCAGUGGAAGAUUUGUAAUGUAUUUUGCACUGAAAAUCUACCACUCAACUUUCAUUUUGAAAAUGUCUUAAAAUGGCCUAAACAUGCAUUUUUGUCACUUUUUAGAAAUAAAAGUUGUGUGGAAGAUUUUCAGUGCAAAUUACAUUACAAAUCUUCCACUCAACUUCCACCUGUAAAAAAUGUAUUUUUAGGUAACAUUUCAACUCAAACUGAAUAUUUAGGUAAUAGACUACUCACUACAACUUGGCCUAGCUAAUAAUCGUGAUUUUGAAACUGUACAAAGCGCCGUACGAGUCUAUGUAGCAUGGUUGACUACUAUAACAUCAAGCCCCCACCCAUCAGCUCCAACUCCUAUGAUCAAGAGCCCAUUAAAUUAUUUUUCGUAGGUCUAUAUUAUCAUUUGUUUUUUAAAAUUAAUUUUAUAAUGAUCUCCUGGUUUAAAAUUGCACAGUGCAAAGGUAUUUUUUUGUUGCACAGUGCAAAGAAAAUUUAAAAUAUUACAGUAAGCGUAGAAGCUUUUGAAAAGAAAAAAUUGUUAAAAAUAUUAAAAAACGAAGCUAUUUUCUUUACAAAAGCGCAGAAUUACUUUUAAAAUUUUAUUUUCAAAAAAAGUUAUGACAAUUUAAAAAAUUUUCUGCACAGUGCAACAAUAACAAAUUCUAUCACGGUGCAAAACUGCCAUUAUUUAUUAAAACCAUUUAUAAAAAACGUAUUUUAGAAGACUUCUGGACUCUCUAUUAGCUAUAUUUCUACCUCGUUCGACCGAAAACCUGUUUCCACCAACGAUAAUCAACCGGCAGGCUGCGGAGAUUCGUCAGGUUCUGGGCGCAGUUCGCGUACUGUACAAACGAGCGGAAAUGGCACAAAAGGAGAAUAUUGUGGAAAUGUGGUCGAGGAUACUGUUGUUUUUGAAAAGUGCCAAUAGUAUUUUACUCAGUAAACCUUGUUGGCCUGGUAAGUAUGGUUAGGGGUUGUAGACAAUUGUAGGGUAUGUUAUUGUAGGACUUAGGCUUAGGCACAUAAUUUUAGGCUGGAAUACUGGUUUUAGGUUUAGUGACGCAAUGUUAGGCUUAGGUACUCAUUUCUAGGGCUAGGGCUCUGGGCUAGGGCUUAGGUUAGGACUUAGGCUAGAGCUUAGGAUAGGGCUUAAGAUAGGGCUUAGGCUAGGGCUUAGACUUAGGUUUAGGCUAGGCCAAGACUAAUUAUAUUUUGAUUUCAGAUGAGCUGGGCAGUGUAAUGGCAGGUGAUUUAUCCGAAAACCUCUUCGACUGCUGGGUUGUGGCCGCUAUUCAAGGCCGCAUACCUACUAAAUCUUACUGGAAAAUGCUAUCAAUCAAUGCUCAGCAAUGGAUUACUCAUGUAAGUACUUGAGUCUAAUAAAAAUGGCAUUUCAUAUUAUUCUAGAACAUAAAAUGUCAUGAAUUACUCCUACAAAUAGAAAUGUCAUCACUUUUCAGGUCCCAGUCAUCGAAUGGUGGGGAAGAAAGCUGUUGGCCUUGACCGUUAUAGUGGUAAAAAAGAGCUUUGGUGAAGAUUACUGCGAUAUCAAGCUCAGUAAGUUCCUUUUUAUGACAUUUAUAGUCAUUUUGAGCAUUUUGGAAGUUUUUGAAAAGUGAAAGUUGUGUGGAAGAUUUGUAAUGUAUUUUGCACUGAGAAUCUUCCACUCAACUUUCACUUUUAAAAAGUCUUAAAAUGACUUAAAAACACGUUUUUUACACAUUUUAGAGAGGGAAAUUGAGUGGAAGAUUUGUAAUGUAUUUUGCACUGAAAAUCUUCCACUUAACUUCAACUUUUACAAAUUGUUGAAAACGUGAUUUUAGGUCAUUUUAACGAAAUACAUUACAAAUCUUCUAUCCAACUUCCACUUUUUUAAAUGCGUCAUUUUAGUUAAUGUAAACAAAGUUCUUGCUAUUUUUGGUUUUGUAAAGAAAGUUUUUGCCAUUUUUUUCUAAAAAAUUUAAAUUUCAGCUGAUGACAUCUACAACAAUAUCGAUCUAAGUGACCUAAAAGAGAUUUGGUGGCAGCUUUUCACCCUCUUCGGCAAUGUCUCAAAAAUCCCAGGCCAAGCCGAGAAAAUCUGCCUCGAAAACGGUACCAGUCCAAAUCUAGGCCUAGUCGUAGCAGAACAGGCUGGCCUGUCAUUCUUCCUAACACUCGAGAUUAUGGCACGAAUUGUCAGCAUUUUCAACGCCGAUGUUACAGUAUCCCUGGAUUUGCACGAAAAUGAUGACAUUAUGGCACAAUGCAUAGAGUACCAAAAUGUGAAUGGUACCAGUAGCAAUGGUACCAGGUUUCAAAGGCAGAGUAAUAUGUCCACAACUUCUUCGAACUUUUCGACCGCGGUCGAUAAAAAUGAGGAGAGUCAGUCGACUUUGACCAGUGUGCAGCAUCAAAGUGGCAAUUUGAAGAAAAUUCAAAUUGCUAUGAAUAGCCAGGGGUCAGGUAAGGCCUAAGGGCGUUUAUAUUGAGUUAGAUAUGCUAUUUUAUAUUGACAUAGCCUAGCCAGUUUAAUUUAAAAGUUUUAUUAAGCGCCGACAUAAAGAACCCGCCAUACUUUGCCUGGAAUUUCCUGCAAAAAGUGGCGGGUUCUUUAUGUCGGCACCUAAUUGCUGUUUCACGGUUUAAUAACCAAUGUUUUAGCCAAAAACGGCAGCUUAGGAAAGCCAAUCGUCAAUCCUAGUCCAGUGCCGAAUCGCAAUGCCAAGUUUUCGGCCAAAGCUGGCUUACAUCAUGCUGUAAGCCUACAAACCGACAUUAUCCUUGAGCAAAGCGUCGGUUCGGGCUCUGUGGAAUCUCAUAGCAUCUUGAAGCCUAAUCAACUGGUUUGGAACGUUCUUAAAUGUAGGUUUUUAGACGAAAUAG